AUGUAACCAUCAUCGAAAUAGCCACCUAAGGAGGAUGAAUAAUGCUAGGUGGAGGAUCAUAUACUGAAGAAGUUUGAAUUGCUGGAAUUUAAGGGGAAGGGAGCAUACGGUGUGGUGUGGAAGGCAAUAGAUCGCAAAACAAAAUAAAUUGUGGCACUAAAGAAAGUAAUGUUGUUUAUUCAAUUCAGAUUUUCGACGCUUUUCACAAUGCAACUGAUUCGUAGAGAACAUUCAGAGAAGUGAUGUUUUUGGAGCAACUGAACAAUCAUGAAAACAUAAUUAAAUUGACAUCUGUCAUAAAGGCAGAGAACAACAAAGAUUUAUAUAUGGUAUUCGAUUACAUGGAGACAGAUUUACAUAAGGUAAUAAUGUACGAUUGAGAAGUAGGUGAUACGAGCGAAUAUCCUUGAGCCUAUCCAUAAGAAAUAUAUCGUGUAUCAAGUUUUAAAGGGUUUAAAAUAUCUGCAUACUGGAGAAUUGAUACAUCGAGAUUUGAAGCCUUCGAAUUUGCUGAUCAAUUCAGAAUGUAAAGUGAAAGUAGCAGAUUUUGGAUUGGCAAGGAGUGUAGCAAAACCAGAUGACAACACGAACCCAAUUCUAACUGAAUAUGUAGCAACUAGAUGGUAUAGAGCACCUGAAAUAUUGUUGGGAUCUCAAUUUUAUUCAAAGGCAGUUGACAUGUGGAGUUUGGGAUGCAUUGUGGGAGAGAUGAUAGUUGGAAAAGCCAUAUUUCCUGGAACUUCCACUUUGAAUUAGAUUGAAAGGAUAAUAGAACUCUGUGGUCGACCAAAACCUGAUGAUAUCGAAGCAAUACAAGCACCAUUGGCAGAACGAGUCUUGAACGAAAUACAUACACAAAAGAGGAAGAGUUUUGCUUAGUAUUUUUCUGCUGCCACAGAAGAUGCUAUUGAUUUUCUCAGGUAUAUUAUACAAUAUUUAUGAAUCUCAUAGAAAAACGCUGGUUUACAAUCCCAAUAAAAGAAUGACUGUAGAGUAGGCAUUGGAGCAUCGCUAUAUCAAGGAAUUUAAGAAUUCUGAAGAUGAAACUAAGAGAGGUAUUGGUAUUAGUAUUUUUAGACACUCCUUUUGAAACAUAUAUGGAUGACAAUCGCAAAUAUUCGAUAAAAGAAUACCAGAAUUUUCUGUAUAAUCGCAUAGUUUAAAAGAAGAGGAAUGAAUAUAAAUCAUCUUUGAUUUUUAGAAACUAAAAUAAUGGGAGUGUCAAUAUUAGUGUUGAUAAGUCCCCAUCUCCAACUAAGAAGGAUUCUUCUAAUGUUAAGAAGGAUUCAGAAACAUCUAACAUUGAUAAUGAUUUUCAACACCCCAGUCGUGCUCUUCAUCAGAAGUCUUAGUCCUACUCCUAAGGGUAGUUUAUGCAGAGGAAAACUACAUCACAGGAAGAUAUUUAGUUUUAGGUUUCGACUCACCAAAGUCCAACGUAUAAGAAAUAAUAAUAGAUGUUUCCAAUGGUCGAUUCCAGCAGUCCAAUUAAUAAAGGCGGUAGAAAGUCCUCCUUGGAUAAAAAGUUGCAGAAUACCAUGACUUCAGCUGUCAUGUAGGCUACUCUGUCUCAAUAAUAAUUCUCAAGAAAAGGAUCUUAAGGUUCUAUAUCAAAAACAACUGUUUUCAAUAAAUCCACUGUUAACACGCAAUAUAACUCCUUGUUUCAGAAAAAAAAAUGAACUUAUUAAAUAUCUA